ACAGGAAACCUAUUUCCCGCGCGGCUUCGGGUCUCCCAUCAGAAUCGACGCCUAAACACGACGUUCCGGCGCAAUGGCAAGCUACAGUCGUGUGAGCCCUGUCGAAAAGGGAAACUCCGCUGUGACCAUAUGAUGCCGACAUGUGGGAGAUGUACUCGACGAAACAAGCCCGAGCAAUGCGUCUACCACCCCGCGCCUCUGACCAAAGCGACCAAAGCGACCAAUCUUCCAACUCCGCAGACCAUAGACAACGAACUCACUAGUCCCUCAGUAAGUCGUUUGCACAUGCAUGCUCGCCUUCAUCCCCUGGAGGCCUUUUGGGUUUGCAUUACAAAGCUGAGUAAUGCGUUGAUAACACUCCACAACCCCAGCCAAGAGUUACUCGAGCAAGCAGUCUCCCGGCCCAGCCUUGGUCGUCUCUCAAUUAUGGCCAGCAGACAAUCGAGGAGCUCCGUCGCCCUCUGCCAGAAGCGCAUGUCAGGUACGUCGGUUUCAGCCACGGAGAGCCCUCAGGAUUUCCAGCACACAGCGGGCUUCGUACACCACACGGCGAUCUUGGCUGAGAACGAGCUCAGUAUCGGAAUCCUACCUCCCUCUGACUCCGCACCCACAUCCAAAGUUUCCCAGUCUUAUAUCGAUAGGGGAGCAGCAGUGCUCACGCUUCUCAGGGAACUACCAGUCUACCAUCGAUAUAUUGAGAAAUGGUUCUCAUUUGCUAGAGGAAUUAUCGUGAUUGAGCCGAUGUUUAAGCUGUUCAUGUCUGGCAUAACGUCCACGUGGGGGAAAUGGCUGACCAACCAGAACACCAAUAAUGAGCUCAGACGAAUGUCUGAAAGAAUUUGGGAAAAUACGCUGAACCCGCUAUCCAGACUUCUGAAUAGAAACACAACGCCGCGGGAGUUCUGCCUGUCAGUGACUGGCGAGAACCUCAGAUGGGAGGUCGUGGGACUGGUUGUAACCCUGGUAUCUCUGCUCGCCCAGAGUCUCUCAGACGGCGAUCCAAUCUUCUGCUCGCAUGACGAUCCGCCCGUGGAUCGGGCCGCUCUAGUGCUCAAAACGCACAAUGCGUCCGAAAUAUGCGUCAGCUUUUGCGAUGAUUUCGGCAUCCUGAACGACCUAUAUCUGUGGCUUCUCUACGAGAAUACAAUCGUCUACUGCUCAUUGCGCACCAAAGGGAGCUACGAAAACUGGAAAAAGUCUGGGAUAAUCUCGACCGCUCUAGUCUACUGCAACUUUCACGAGGAGAUCAAAGUGGACGACAACACGCCAUUCUUCAUAGCUGAGAUGCGGAAACGACUGUUCGUGUGUUGCUAUGAAAACGACAAGUACUCCGCGUCCUACAACGGCAGGCCUCCCCGGCUCACCAGGCAUUAUUGCAAACUCCAGCUUCCACUAGAUUUGAGCGAUGCGCAAAUGAUGUCGGACGGGCACGACCUGGAGAACGCUCUCGCAAGCCUGGAUGACAAUGGCUGGAAUCAACGGGGUAUCGUCCAGCGCUGCACUUUCGCACGCGUAUUCGUAGCCGACUCUCUGAUCACAGAAGAGAUUCUGGAAAUUUCAAUGGGCGACCUAGCUCCGGAGGAGAUUGUGCGGAGAGCAGCGGACAUUGAACGAAGGGCCGUCAAGUUCUACGACAACCUACCUGAUUUUCUGCGCAUCGAGGAAAUCGAUAUGAAAUCCGCGCCAAUCGAGAUCCUGUUUCUAACAUACAUCCGAGUCGAUCACCUCAGUCAUCAUUUCUUGCUACAGCGUACACUAAUCAAGAAAGUCGGCGCGGAUUCUUCAAAGCUGCUAGCUGUCUCAAAAGAGAUAUUCUGGUUCAUACUGCACGUUAUAAACCACAGAGAUGUCUUCAAGGACUUUCAGGUCGAUUUCAUCCAACUUCUCACGUACAACGGAAUUCCCUCAGCAGCCGUUAUUGCCGUCGAGCUUCUCCACCAAGAGCAGGAUCCUUCCUCAACCUCGGCCCUGACGAAUCCUCUCCCGCGGUCACAGAUUAUACAGGAUCUUUCAGUGUUCGUUGCUUGCUUAGGCGCCGUUCGGCCGGAGGCUAACGGAUAUCCGAGCUGCGACCGGGGAAGGAGAUUCUUGAAGAAGAUUCUUGAUACGAUCUUAGAACCUGCGCCCUCGAGAGCUAUCGGCAGCAACUCAAGUGCUGGGGGCUUGGGCGAUCCGAGUUUGACCGAUCCGCUCUUCCAGACGAGCUCAUUGAAUGAUGGGGACUUCAUGCGCUGGCUUGAGUCCAUGGAAUGGGAGCAGGAUAGCUGGGUUAACUUCAACUAA